ACUUUCCAACCGGUCGUAGCGGUGUUGUGAUCCAUCGUGAUUGUUUUCCACACCUCCACGGUUGUCUGUGAUUGCUGUCAAUGCGGCGGACUUAAUGAUGUCUUUUGAGGAACUUCUGACAAGUCUACAAAACUGUGUCAUCGACCAAUGGAAUGCCAAUGGAAAUCAAGAACUCGAGCGCGUUUUGGAUAAACUUUCGGAGUGCUCCAGGAGCGAUGUUAAAAGGAGUAAAGAGCGCAGUUUGGACGAGGCUGCCCAUUUGUUGAAGAUCAUGAAGCUACAUAUUCUGGAGCGUGAUCAUCUCCAACUUCUCGUCAGACUACUCGUCUCCUUGCAGCUUCGCAUGGUGCAGAUAUCCACAGCUUGUAGAAAAGUGGACCAGAUGUUGCAACAUCUGGCGAAGGUGGAUCAUCAGCUGGUGUUCGACGAGAUCCACAUCUGUCUGAACUCUGUCGUUCACUCUGAGCAGAUAUUCUCCCUUGAAGACCUUCAGAGAGCCUGUAUGCUCCUGGAGGUCAGCGCUGUGGGCCGUGAUGUGUGGCGGGAGCUUUGUCCUUCCUUUCUGGACAAAGUGGCCAAGUUCUUCCCUUUAAUAUUGCAACAAGAGUCCCUGCGAGAUGGGCAGCUGUGUUACAUGGCUGUGAAGGUUUGCCUCCAGAUAUUUCAGCUGUUGUCUAAAGAGGUUUCAUUUGCAAUUUGGGACAAAACAGAGAGGAGCCCUGUCGUGAAGGAAAUCUUGCAGGCGCUCACAGAAAUAAUCUUUGGGCAGAGCAGGAACAGAGACACUCGUCUUUUGGCGGGGACCGCCGUGGCCAUGCUCAUCAACACGGCAUCAGAGAGCAGCACGGGUGCAGCCGCUGCCUGGGCUCUUCUCCAAAGCUCUCAUUCAGAGUUGCUGACUGUGGGGGCCCUUCGGGUGCCGUGUUGCCCCCUCUCGGUGGACGGAAUGGGUCAGCUGGCAAUGAGCAGGGGCCUCCUGACGGGCUGUCAACCUCACAUUUUGCUCAGUUCCUGUGUAGCGGGCGCAGAGGGCAGCUUACUGCUGGAUGUUUUGUUUCCUCUGCUUUAUGAUUUGUGCAAGGAGAAGCUGAAUGGUCACUACCUUGCCUUCGAGGUGUUCUUACUAUGGCUGAAGAGGGUUAAAGAAUGUGUGCCUCAUAUCUGGAAGAUGACGGGUGGCCGUUUUCUGGCUGAGGGUAGCAACCUGCAGAAACAGCUCGUUUCUCUCAUUUGGACCAGUGCUGAAAGUCCAGUGGAAGGUGUGUCCGACUGUGCCCGCGUUACCUUUAGCUUGCUGUUGGAGCUCUAUGACAUGGACUGUGAACGCUUUGGUGACAUUAAGAAGCCUCUUUAUUUGACUCUACUAAAUCGAAUUAUCCAACUCCCUUGGGAAUCCAAAGCCAAGUAUCAUCACCUCUGUGCUUUACUUCCAUAUUUGGGGACCGACACGGUGCUGGAUCACUAUGCUGAGAUACCAGAUCACCUCCUGAAGUGCUUGUCAAACGAUCACUUGUCUCCAUGCGGGUCGGAACUCUACAAGUGUCUGAUCCAGCAGCAGAGAAGGGAGCUUCGCGCUGACGCUGUUUCAGAGUCGCAGCUGGGCAAUAAGUGGGCGGAACGGUGGUUACCUGUCCUUCUUGAGGCGCUGACCUCACAUGUAGUUAUUCUUCAGAGUAACAGCUGCACGUAUUUACUCCCCUGCACCUUCCAAGUAUUCCCUUCCGCUGUGGAGCCUCUGCUGGCCUCUCUGGACCCGUGCUCACCAGGCCACCUCUGUGCCUGGGCAUUCAUUAUGAGUAGCUACAGGGCUGUGACUGGGAGCUCUCCCUGGGUUCUGCAGGGGAGCUCUACCCUCAAAAUCCUCCAGCUCGCCCUGGGCUCUGCGGAUGAUAAAGUUCGACUCGCUGCUCUCAAUUUACUGUGUUGCAGCCCCAAGACUAAAGAGAUUCCAACACAAGUAGAACUUGCUAUCAUGAGAGGCUUUAUCCCUCAGAACUUAAACUCGGAGUCCUCGCUUUUUCGUCAACAUUUUCAAGCAGCGGUGAGGAAAUUUUUGGUUCGGAUCCGAGAUGGCUGCUUGGCAAACAUCAAACUGCAAAAGGCCAAGCAGGAUACCAGCCAGAUGGAAAUAAUUGCCCUGGCAAUAGGUUUUGUGGACUGGUUGAGCCAACUGGUAUUCUGCAAUUUGACACCAGAUCACAGUUAUCAGAGGAAGAAAACUGUCUUACUGUUACUGUCUGCACUGCUGGAGACUUGCACUGACACCUGGAGCCCCGACAAGAAGAAGGGACAACCGCCCGUGAACAUGGGAUCUCUCAUUAGCUGUGCUAGGUCGAGAGGACAGUGGGACUUCUUCUCCAGAAAAAGACUUCUGGUUCUCAUCAGCUGUUUGGAAGAUUCCACAAAUGAAAUUCGCGAAAUUUCCGCGGGGUUACUGGUGAGAUUCUUCCCUUCCGUUCUGCCUGCUGAUGUCACCACAGCUCUGCUCGUUCGUACCAAGCAGCUUGUGUGCAGUCCUCGCGUCCAGCAGGCUCAGAUGGGGGCACUGAUGAUGAAGGUCCUCCAUCACAAAUGGCAAGGCCUUCCUGAUGGUAAAGUGAACAGCGACAUUGAUGUCAGUGAUCUUCAUGACAUUAAAGUUUCCGGUUUGAUUAAAUUCCUUGUGGAGGAACUUGAAGAUCACUACCUCACAGCCAAGGCAGGUGUGAUGCUUUCUGCUAGAACCAAGCCGAUGCAUGUCGUGACUUUGGUUUCAGGUGUUCUGAGCGCCCUACAGAAAUGUUUAUUGGAGGACACGUGCAGCAUCUGUGAUUCACUUGGUCCAACACUGACCACCGAUCUGCUAAACCUGCUGAAGAACAUUUCAUUGCUCCUGCUCGGCGUACUGCACGGACAGCAGGAUACUGAAAGUGAUGCGCCCCCUUCUUUCUGCGAUAUGGGGAACGCCAUCAGCUCUCUGAUAGCUCACUCAUCUGGAGAAAACCAAGGAGAUGGUGAAGAGGAAUGUGUCUUGUUGUCUGAGGAGCACAGCCUUGUUCUCACCUGCUGCUGGGUGUCACUUAAGGAAACGGGGAUCCUUUUAGGAUCUCUUGUGGAAAGAAUUCUCAAGGCUGACACAUGCUUUCUAACAAAACAACAUUUAGAAAUGGCAUCUGAUGUUUUUAGAAAUAUUCUUCUCAAAUGCCGUCACUGGGGGGCAGUAGAGGGAUGCUGUGUGGGUUUCACCAGAUUCUGUUCAGCUCUACUCAACAGCAGUGAACCUGAGCUCAGGGAUAUACCAUCUCACAUGCUCCAACAAGCAUUACAAGUUGUGCAAUCUCCUAGUUGUACUUCUGUAACACGGCGGGCUGCAGGGUUGCCUAUGCUCAUCCUGUGUGUUGUGUCAGUAGAGGAGGCCAGUAAAGCACGACCACUCUUAACACAUGUCAUGCAAACCUUACUGGACACUGCUAGAGUCCCACUACCUGAGAACUGGGACCAGACGCUGGACCUCCCACAGGUGUGCGCGGUUCACACGCUGCAGGCUCUGGUACGUGGAUCUUGCUUGAGUGUCGCCAUUCUUCAGUUUGCACCAAGUGUCGCUAUUUUAGCGCUCACUCUGCUCAGUUCUCCUUGCUGGGCCAUGAGGAAUGCAGCUCUGCAACUUUACAGUUCUCUUUGCGCACGGAUGCUCGGUCAGAGGCCCACGAGUGAGGGUGGGACUAAGCGUGGCAUGUCCCCCCACGCCUUCUUGCACCACUACCCCACGCUCCAACCUUUCCUCCUUGAGAAACUGCGAGAGGCAGCUUGUGACCUACCGUCUCGACCUGAGGAAGCCAGGCUCCGCCUACAGCCAUCGCUCUUCCCGAUUCUUACCCUUUUAUCCCAACUGCAGCCUGGCGUCCCGGGCUCAACAGAACCCUCAGCGGACUUCCUGCCUCCUCUACUCCAGCUCUCUGCCAGUCCUAUUUACAGUGUGAGAGUGAUGGCCUCCAAGGCACUUGUGGCCAUGACUCCCCCCUCAGAGUACAUGAACAUCCUCAUCAAUCUGACAGCCCUGUUGCCCCGCACACCGGAGCGCUGCUGUCACAACUGGCUCCACGGGCAACUGCUGCACAUAAAAGCUGUCCUGGAUAAAACUCUCGGCAGUGUGCCUGCAGCAGAGCUUCAUGCAGUGGUGAGCAGUGUGGAGGCAUCAGUGUGGCUUGCCACAGAUGCUCAACGCUGCCCGCUGGUGAGAGCAGCAUAUGGUGCCGUUGUGGAGUCACUGCGAAAAUUUUGCAGCGAGACUUUUCUCUUAAAACUCUUUGACGUUCUCAUAUACGAGCUCCGUACAGCCCGGCGGGGUCUUCAGGUUGGCUUGUCUUUCUUCCAUCAACAAGCCAUACAGUUGCUCUGUACCAACCCUGAGCAGGCACGUGACCUCUGGGAAAGUUUUAGAUCUUCUAGUUGUGAUCUGAGGCUGGCCUUGGUCACAUGGGUGGUGGAGGACCAUGCUUCAUUGAACACCCACUUGAAAGAAUUGAUCCAGAGUGUGCUUCGUUCCAGUCUGAAGGAGGCGCUGUUGAGCCCCGUUGAGGAGUACCGCAGGGCCCAUCUUGGAGCCUUUGUAGCAGUGAUGGCCACGGGGGAUUCUCUUUCUCCACCAGUCGCACUUGAGGAGUCUAUUCUUCUGGCGUGUCUAGAUUUGUUAUUGACAGACCUGGAGGAUCAGAGAAGCGGCUCUGAGUUUUUGUCCCAGGCUUUGCAAGGCGCAAGCCUCCUGCUGUCCCAAUGUUCUCACAGUUCUGUAAUCCAACGCUGGUGUGAUGUCUUGGAGACUCGGCGGUCCCCUGAUGCUGCUGAAGUUCUGAGGAUAUCUUGUGCUGAAGCUCUCUGUGUGGCUGGCCUUCCCCUAAUGAGCCACAAUCUCAUUCCUCCAACUGUCAUGAUCAAAUUGCUGAACACUGGCCUGUACUUGCUGCAGGACCAGAGCCAGAUGGUGAGAACAAAAGCAGCUAGCUUCAUCUCCAAGCUGCAUCAUGCCAAAGGAGGAUCCCAGAGGAGCGUCUACCUCAUGCAGGUCAACCUGGCUAUACCACUUCUGCUAGAUUUGUUGCUGGAGGAGUGCUGGGACACACAGAACGCACUGGAGGUGCUUCUGUGCCAUGUGCCGCACUCCGACUUGAGAUCUGUGCUAAGCGAAGUUGCAGACAGCGGGUACGGGAGUCUUUAUGAGCAGGAUGAGGCCAAUGUGUUUGCUGAGCCCUCAGUGAUGUGUGCACAUGUGUUGCCUUACCUGCUACACAUGGCUGGAAAGUAUUCGGAAUCUUUAGCGACGGCACAGCGUCUCAGGACGUGGGCGGAGGAGAACGCUGCUCUGCUGCUGGACAAUCUGGCAUUGUGUCAGGGCCUCCAGCCGGCUGAGACGCUGACGCUCCUCACAGAUGCCCGGUUUCACAGCACCCUUUCCGGCUUGCUAACAAGAGCCACCUUCCUUCUACACCUUUCCAAAACUUCUGAACUUGUGCAACAUCUUUGUAAUUCUUCAGCCCUGGAGAUGACUUUAAAGGAUGUUUGCAGUCGUCUAAGUGAGCAAGGUGUCCACUUGAGAUCUUGUCUAGCAUCUGCUAUAGAUGGAGACGUCACAUUUUCACACCACGGACUCACAAUAAUAUGCAAAGAUAGCUGAGGAAAUUUCCUGUGGACGUUUGAGUGUGAUUGGACUACAGUUAUUGGAUAUCAUAAAUGAUGAUGACAACAGAGGAGACCUCAUGGGACUAUGUAAUAUUUGCACUCUACUGGACUUUGUUCCACGCAAGCCCUCUUAGAUAUGCUGUUGUUUUGUCAAAAGAGAAAGCUGGAGUUGCUAGGAGAAACCCACAUGUGCACUGGGAGAAGGAAAGCCACACAUGAAGUCAAGAGCCUAGAAUCAAACCCACCUACUCAGAACUGUGCGGCGCACCCGCUAGCCCUGUUUGCUGCACCUACAAUUGAAUCCGCAAUACAUUGAUUAGUUUUAAAUUAUAUUUAUACUGUAAACUGUUUGGUGUUAUAUCAAACCAACCUUACAACAUGACAGAUUUGAUUUUUAAAAAAGCGCCAGGAGGAGGACAUGUUGCGAUAGGACUCUCAUAACAUUUUCCACUAACAACCCUGGCUAAACUUGGUUCCUACUCCACAUAUGAAGAAAUAAAGUCAUUUAAAAUGUAUAUCAUUACUGUGAACUUGCAAUUUACUCACGUUGUAAUUAGAGCAGUGUGGGGCAAUUCAGGUCUAAAAAAAUACUUUGAAAUGAAGGAAGUACAUGUUCAUGCUCA